CUUCAUUAGAGAUCUAAACACUGGGAUAUUGAUCCAUUAGUUUUUUGGUAUAAUCAGAAGGAGACCAUUUUUGCUCCGGUUCCUUAAUUAGAGAAUCAUUAAUGUGUUCAGUGUUAUUUCCUUCACUAAUCCCCUAACAACUAUUGUAGCUUACAAGGAAUCUUUAUAAGAAAUAGGAGCUUUUAAUGCCCUGUAAAAGUUUUUCCUUGCCUGGAUUUUCUACUCUGUUGCGAACAUUUUCAGAUUGUAUUUCCAUAGGUUGAGUUCCAUGUUGUUCGCUUUUUGAUCUUUUAUCUAUUAUUUGGAUGCAGGUGGAUCCAUGAUAGCAUCUUGAGAUUUUGAGGCAGAGAAAAUGAAGUCAGACUUAGAGUUCAUCACGUUUUUUCGCUCUGUGAAAUUGGUAAAUUGUGCAGGUUUUAAAUGAUGGAAAUCAAUGCUUUAUUUAAAGACCAAACUAACCUUCGGCGAACUCCAUCGUGUCAUGUUAGUACAAUCCGGUAAGCUUUCGUGUAAGUGCAAUCCAGUAUACCCAUCGCCGUCGCCGACGUGAGACAUACCCAAGUGCGUUCGACUCCCUCCCAAUUUUCGAAUACCUGCUCUUCUUCCUUGAAACCCUCCACUUCUUCCUCGACGCAAAUACGACAGAGGCAAUAGGAAGGGUUGUUUCAGUCUCGUGGACGGUGGUGGUUUCCGGCGCAGCGCUGCAGUGCUUUCCGGCGUGGUUACACAGCUGAAUCGAGUGAUGCAAGGUUUCCGGCCAUGAUGCAUAAUUGGCAUUGAAGGUCUCGACUCCUUCUUUGCACUGAGCUAUCUAUCACUACAAAUCUAGGGAAACGGGGGGGAAAAAACAUUGGGAACAAGUAAGAAAAGAAUGACAGAUAACAAAAUGAAUAUGUACCAAAUUGUUCACAUCCCAGACAAGGAGCCAUAUCCCCUUCACCAGCAACCCACUGAGAAUGUCAUUGCUUCAGUCAUUGAUCCAAAGCAUGCCAACCAAAUUAUAAGGAUUUUGAAUCGAAUACAACCACUGGAAAAUCUCCGUCAUGUGAAACGAGUUCAAAAGAAAAUUCUUGAAGCAGGACAAAUAGAGUUAUCUGUGAUCUUGUGUCUGGCAUCUGAAGGUGACAGCCAAUUGGAUAGUAUGCCACCGCAUCUGCAGGAGUUGAUUAGGUCCUAUCAAUUGAGUCCUUUUAUCACAAAAGUUUGUAAAUAUGCUGCAACGUCAAAAGAAGAGUGGCAAGAGCAAUGCAAGUUUUGGCCAACAUCAUAUCAUCCAAGGACCUAUAACAUUGAUGGCAUUACCGGAUUCAGUGAGGGUGACUCGCAGUUAGUUUUCAAGUUCAUGCAAUCAGCUGUUGAGUUGGCGACAUCUGAGGCUGGGUUGGUUGUCAAUGCUGCAGUGAUUGUGGAUCCUUCAGCUAAACAGGUGAUUUCAAGUGCUUGUGAUGAGGUUUAUAUUCCCAACACUUGCAAAGACAGUUGUAGCACUGACUCUUGCUGCUUGAAAAAACCAGAAUUGUUUAGUUUCCAUCCCAUUGCCAAUAAAGUAGGACCCAAUGACCCGUCGAAUUUAAACAAUCCAUCCAAUCAACCCAAACCACCUCAUACAGGUGUGGCUUGUUUAUACCCUUGGCAGUGGGCUGAGCAGCAAUCACUUAGGCCAAGUUUAUACAAGUGGCACCCCUUACGGCAUGCUGCUAUUGUAGCUAUAGAAUCUUCUGCCGUGAGGGAUCGAUGCCUUUUUCGUUCUGUGAGUGACAUUGAUGAAAAAUGUUUGGUAUUGGAUCAUGAAAAGACUUGCUGGAUUGCCUCUCCUCCAAAGAGACAGAGAACUAUUCCUGAUAAUGUCGAGGAUGAUGAAAAAUUAAAUGCUCUUAGCCAGAGUUCUGAUCAGGUGUCAGCGCGACCUUACUUAUGCACUGGUUAUGACAUCUUUCUUGUUUGGGAACCUUGCACAAUGUGUGCUAUGGCAUUGGUCCAUCAGAGAAUCAGGAGGAUAUUUUAUGCUUUUCCAAACCCUAAUGCUGGGGCCUUGGGCAGUGUUCACAGAUUACAGGGAGAGAAAAGCUUGAAUCAUCAUUAUGCUGUCUUCAGAGUUCUGUUGCCUGAGGAAGUCCUCCGUAAACAUAAUGCUCAAGUUUCAGAAACCGUUGCAGCCAGUACUGCUUAAGCACCAGAUGUGAGUUCUUAGGCUUAGGAGGAUGAUGAUGAAUGAUUAUAACUUGGGAGAGGAUUAACGAGAGAAUGUUGAAUGUUGUUAACUUAUGUAGAAUUAUUCUGAAUUGUUAUGUUAGUAACAUAAAUUGGGAGAGUUAUUAUCAAUUCAAUCAUUGAUUUGUAA